AUGGCCAUCAAAAGAGGAGACAAAUUUCCACAGGACGUGACCCUGUACCAUAUUGCUCCAUCAGGUGGAGAUCCAACUAGCGUCAAUCUAUCGGACCUAACCAAAGGCAAAAAGUUCGUUCUAGUGUCGAUUCCCGGAGCUUAUACUCCACCAUGCACAGAUGAUCAUCUGCCCGGUUACGUGGCAAAAUUGCCCCAAAUUCUGAGAAAGGGAAUUGACCUGGUUCUGGUCGUUACUGCUAACGACCCAUUUGUGCUGAGAAGCUACAAGAAUUACCUCGGUGCAAAAGGCCAAGACAAGUUCUUAUUCCUCUCGGACACAAAAUUGGAGCUUUCCAAGAAACUUGCUAAGACCAUUGAUUUGAGCUCCGUAGGACUGGGCGAACGUUCGACCAGACUGGCCAUCAUUGUCAACCGGUUUGGCAUUGUUGAGUUUGCAGCUAUUGAAGACGGUGGAGCGGUCAAGGAGUCGACUGCCGACAAGUUGUUGGCAAAACUUUAG